UGUGCCAGUGCAAUGGACAUGCUCGCCGCUGUCGCUUCAACCUGGAGCUGUACAAGUUGUCCGGCCGCGUGUCUGGCGGCGUUUGCUAUAAUUGUCAGCAUGAUACGACCGGAAGGUAUUGUCACUAUUGUCGCGAGGGCUACUACCGGGAUGCCACCAAGCCACCCAAUCAUCGCAAAGUGUGCAAACGCUGCGACUGUCACCCCGUGGGCUCCACCGGCAAGACGUGCAAUCAUCUGAGUGGUCAGUGUCCCUGCAAGGAGGGCGUCACUGGCCUCACUUGCAAUCGCUGCGCACGCGGCUACCAGCAGACGCGCUCUCAUGUGGCGCCCUGCAUAAAGGUGCCCACAAAUGCGAAUAUGAUUCAAGCGGAAAGCGCUGGCGGCGCCAGUGGAACAGGCGACUACAAGGAUGGCGGAGGCUCUCAGGCUGAGGAAAUGAAAAAGUAUUGCGGCAAGUGCAAGGCCAGCCCCAAGAAGCUGAAUCUGAACAAGUUUUGCAUGGAGGACUAUGCUCUGUUGGCCAAGGUAAUUGGACAUGAUCGCGCCUCCCAGGACAUCAGCACCGAGAAGUUCUCCAUUGAGCGACAGAACGAGAUUUACAAGUACGAGAUAAACAUACAGACGAUCUUCAAGCGUAACCCCAUGUCGGGCACAACCAGUUCGCUGCUGGGACGUGGCAAUAUGAUGCUGCUGGUGCCGCGCAAGAGUAUCGAGUGUCAGUGCCCCAAGAUCAAGUUGAACAAAUCGUAUCUAAUACUUGGACGUGACUCGGAGGCAGCGCCGGGCUAUCUGGCAAUUGGACCCAGUUCUGUGGUGCUGGAGUGGAAGGACGAGUGGUCGUUGCGCAUGAAGCGCUUCCAGCGGCGCGCCCGCAAAUGCAGUUGAAUCGAACCGGAAACGGAAUAUGUCAGAGCGGAUUUCAAUUUCAUACACUUGGCUAGGUAUCGGUUUUUGUAUAAAUUGUACAGUUUACUCAAGUUUCUGACCUUUUUCGGCAUCAUGUUUUAAUUAAACCUCCCCACUCUUCACAUACACCCACACAGACACACACAUUAACACAAAAUACACCAUCCACAUGAUACUUAUUAUAGACAAAAAGCGGAGUCUUCCCAUCAUAAAUAUAUCUAUCAGAAAAAAAAAACCUAAAAAAGAAAAACAACAAAAAAAAAAAAAAA